AUGCUGCCAUCAGAUAGAAUGUAUGGGUUGGGAGAACAAGUUCAUCUCACUUUAAAGCAUGACUUUUCCGUUUAUCGAACAUGGCCAAUGUAUGCAAGGGAUGAAUUUCCUUUCACCGAAUAUGUGGACACAAAAAAUCUUUACGGAGUUCACCCUUUCUACAUGAUCCUGGAACCAGACGGAAAAGCGCAUGGUGUACUUAUCUUCAAUUCUAAUGCACAGGAAGUGACAACAGCGCCAGGUCCAGCGCUGAUUUAUAGAACGACAGGAGGGAAUCUGGAUCUGUACUUCUUCCCUGGACCAUCUCCUGGAGAAGUUACCCAGCAAUAUUUAGCCUUUAUUGGAAGACCCGUCCUUCCGGCCUACUGGGGGUUAGGAUUCCAGAUCUCGCGUUGGGGUUAUAAAGAUUUCGACGAACUGAAGAAAGUUAUCUCAAGGAUAUCGGAUGCUGGUACUUCCUCUAACGAAUCUAGAAGGGCAUACCACAAGAUGUGUUUUCAGAAGUGGAAGGGUAUACCAGAAUAUGUGGAAAUGCUACAUAGCAAGGGCAUGCGAACAAUCUUUUUAUUUGAUCCUGCAAUUCAAGUGAGCUACGAUUCCUUCGAAAGAGCAAUGGAAAUGAAUGCUCGUUUCAUAGAAUGGGAGCGUCACGAUCAAGUGAUGCGCGAAAUCCAAGAUCAAUACCCUCUUGUGAAAAACACAAAAAUUAUGCUCGGUGUUGUUUGGCCGGACGAACACAUAGCUUAUCCGGAUUUCUUCGACCAUACAAACUCUACACAGAAGUGGUGGAUUGAAGAGAUGAUUAGGUUCCACAAGAAGGUACCGUUCGAUGGCAUUUGGAUAGAUAUGAAUGAACCAUCCAGCUUUGGUACCAAUGAAGAAGAACCGUGGUAUUUCGACAACGAAGAUCAUCCUAAUAUAGCGCCACUUAAAUGUCCAACGAACAGCACAGAAAGCGAGUGGGACAAACCUCCCUAUGAAACGCAUGCGGUCUACAAUUUCGAAGCGGGGCAGACAUUAGCUACAAAGACACUCUGCUUGCUAGCUGUGCAAGCAGAUAGCAAAGAGAGGUACGUUGGAUCGGACAUCUGCGGAUUUAUAGACCAUCCAACAGAAGAGCUCUGCCUAAGAUGGCAACAAAUGGGCGCAUUCCACCCUUUUAUGAGGUGGGUGAAAUCAAUUUUCUUGUCACGUAUCUCUCUAUUCCAUUAG